AUGGAGCCGGCUUCGACAUCGCAGCAGCAGCCCGAGUCGACGCUGGGCCAGGGCCCGUCUGCUCCAAGGCGAGCGAGCCAUGCUUCAGCGACCGGCGGGGAAGGCGCAACCUCAUCUGGGCACAGUCGCAGAAACUCGCUGCUGCCCGCGUCCCAGGCCAACGACUUUGACGAAGAGGCCCUGGAUGAGAUUCGGAGAUAUGAAAGCUUUUCGACGGUCGAUUGGAUCGCCGACAGCGCUCGCGAACGAGGGCGAGCGGCCAGAGAGGCUCGCAAGCGGCAGGCCAUGUACUCUGCCUCAUCCAAUGCCCACCUGGCUACCAACGGUGGACCCUCCUCCUCCUCAUACGCCCGCAGCUUCAUCGAUCCUGCUUGGGGUAAAGCGCACUUCUCGCCUGAGGAUCGCCCUCCUCGCUGGUGGCCAGUCUCGAACCCCUGGGGAAGGAGAGCGUGGUGGGUCUGGAGAUUCAUCUGCGGUGCGGCAGGCGCAGUCACAGAUAGCGGUGUAGUCGUGCUCGUUGGGCUUCUCAUCGGCGUCAACAUGGCCAUCAUUUCGCUGGCGACAGAAUGGGCGUCCGAUCUCAAGCAGGGCUACUGCUCUUCUGGCUGGUGGCUCAAUCGCAAAUUCUGCUGCGGCGAGUUCAUGGACGCGGCAGGCCCUGGUGGCGCUGCUUUGCCGCCCCCGGCAGUCAAGGCCGCCCAAGCUGCUGCCACGACCAUGGCGUCGGCCGCACCCACCGUGACCAAUGUCGUCAAUACCACUUCGACAGCAGCUGUCAGCAUGCUCGCUUCGAGAGCUUCUGCGCUGGCAAAUGCUGCUCUACUGCUCUCGCGCGCCGAUGCAUCGCCUGGCUCGAGCCCGUCGACGACACCCGCCGAUGUAUGCGAGGACUGGGUGGCAUGGUCCAGCUGGACUUUUCCCUCCUGGAUCACCUAUAUCCUCUUUGCUGCCGUCUUCUCGAGCCUGUGCGCCCACAUGGUCCGACACUUUGCCCCCUACGCGGCUGGAAGUGGCAUCAGCGAGAUCAAGUGCAUCCUGGCUGGCUUCAUCAUCAAUGGCUUCUUGGGCGCCUGGACGCUGGCCAUCAAGAGCCUUGCCCUGCCUCUCGCCAUCGCUUCUGGUCUGAGUGUGGGCAAAGAAGGACCAGCUGUGCACAUUGCCUGCUGCAUCGGCAACCUCGUCGCUCAGGCGUUCCGCAGCUUCAAUAGGAGCCAGGCCCGGAUGAGGGAGCUCUUGACAGCUGCCAGUGCCGCUGGAGUAGCAGUCGCCUUCGGUUCCCCGAUUGGCGGCGUGCUGUUCUCCCUGGAGGAGAUGGCCUACAAUUUUCCGGCGACAACCAUGUGGCGAAGCUUCCUGUGCGCCUUGGCUGCGACAGUGGCUCUGUCGUUCAUGAACCCCUUCCAGACAGGCAAGCUCGUCUUGUUCCAGGUCUCUUACGAUCGAGACUGGCACUACUUCGAGAUCAUCUUCUACAUUGUCAUCGGUAUCUUUGGGGGUCUAUAUGGCGCUCUCGUCAUCAAGUACAACCUGCAGGUACAGAAGUUUCGAAGAGAGAAUCUGGCGGCCCACGGCGUUUCCGAAGCGUGUGUCCUGGCUGUCUUGACCGCUUUCAUCGGAUAUUGGAACAUGUUUCUUCGUAUCGACAUGACGGAGUCACUCGAGAUUCUCUUUCGAGAGUGCGAAGGAGGGGGCGAUUACGACAACCUCUGCCAAUCAUGGGCCCAGUGGCGCAUGGUCAACUCGCUUCUCCUCGCCACCGUGCUGAGAAUUGCGCUGGUCAUCAUCAGCUACGGCUGCAAGGUGCCAGCGGGCAUCUUUGUGCCGUCUAUGGCCAUCGGUGCCACCUUCGGACGCAUGAUUGGCAUUAUUGUCAAGUCGCUCCACAACUCUUUUCCCCACUCGAGCUUCUUCAGCGCCUGCCAGCCAGACGUGCCCUGCAUCACCCCGGGCACCUAUGCGUUCCUGGGCGCCGCGGCGGCGCUAGCGGGAGUCACUCGGAUCACCGUCGCCGUCGUAGUCAUCAUGUUUGAGCUCACGGGCGCUCUGACCUACAUUCUCCCCACCAUGCUCGUCGUCAUGAUCACAAAGGGCGUUGGCGAUUGGUACGGCAAGGGCGGCAUCGCUGAGCAGACGAUCCGUUUCCAAGGCUUCCCCUUCCUCGACAAGGACGACCACGUGUUCAAUCUGCCUGUGUCGAGCGUCAUGACGAGGCAGGCCGUCGUCCUCUACGCCAGCGGCAUGCAGCUCAAAGAAGUCGAGGCGAAGCUCGCACAGGGUCCUUACAAGGGCUUUCCAGUCGUUAGGUCGAGGGAGGAUCGGACAUUGCUUGGCUAUGCGGGCAAGACGGAGCUGAGGUACGCGAUUGGCAAGGCGAGACGGGUGAGGAGCACCCUGGACGCAGAGGCUCGCUGUCAGUUCUCGAUUGAUCCCACCGCUCGCGGAGCAAAGGACCCGGAGCCUCUGCUCGACACGUAUGAAGAUGACGACUACUCUGGCAGAGCAUCUGGAAGACCGAGCGUCGGGAGGAGAGAGACGAGAGAAGAAGAAGAGGCAGUGCUCAUUGACGGCGACAGGGAUGAGGAGGAGGAAGCGGAGGGCGAAGGGGUAGCAAUGACAGAAGACGGAGUGCUGGGAGCUGCCGGCGGGGGAAUCGACAUGGAGGGUGAUGUCGAUGUCUUGGAGCUCGGAGGGUGGGUCGAGCAGAACCCGCUCCUUGUCCAGCCCUCAAUGCCGCUCGAAGUGGUUAUGGAUCUCUUCAAGAAGUUGGGCCCGCGCGUCAUUCUGGUCAGCCAAUUCGGCCUAUUGAAGGGUCUCGUCACGGUAAAGGACGUGCUCAAGCUCAUUGCGGCGCAGGAGAGAAGGGCAACGGCCUCUGAAGCCGCCGCGAGGGAGAUGCAUUCGGCCCGCGGUGCAGGGGAAUUUGGAGGAGAGCUCGAAGUGCUACUGCGCGACGCUCUCGACUGGGCCAGAAAGCGCUUCAGGCCGCUGUCCGACCGUUAUGCACCUGCAUUUGCAAGAUCAAGAAGGGGCAGACCGAGCACGACGUCUUGGGCAAGGGUGCCCGACGAAGAACCAUCCAGAAGUUCAUCGAGGUCAGAAGUCAUGGGCGAAACGUCCCACUUUGUCGUUGACGACGACGGCGCGGAUGAUGACGAUGAUGGGACCGUCACACCUAGAGCCUAG